AAUUUAACAGAACCAUUUCAUUUUCUAGUGCUCAAGACGGCGAACAGACAGAGCACAAUAGGGCUUUGCUUUGCUAGCUCAAAACCCUUGUUACCGAGUUCCGAUUAUCGACUCAUUCAUUGCUACUGCGGAAGCGCGAGUCGCAACCGUGCCAUUUCGAUCGUCUAGACCUCCAUUUGUUCUUCUUGAACUUAUCAGACAAUCAUGGCCAGCAAAGCCGAAGGUGAUAGGCAGGAACCAAUAAACGAACAAGCAGUUGUGAACGCAUACACUGCUAUGAGAACUGAACUGAAUCAAAUUUACUCCAAGAUCACUGAACUUGAGAUGGAAGCCAGCGAGCACUCAUUGGUCAUUAACGCCAUUCAACCGCUAGACCAAUCUAGACGAUGCUACCGAAUGAUCGGAGGUGUACUUGUUGAGAGAACCAUCAAAGAGGUCAUGCCUGCUGUUCAACGCAAUAAGGAGGGAAUUGAGGAGGUAAUAUCAAGGCUUAACGAGGCCUUGGAGAAGAAGAAGAAGGACAUUGCCGACUUUGAAUCAAAAUACAAAAUCAGGAUAAGGAAACCCGAGAAUGAAGUGCAAGAUGGCGGCAAGAAGGAAGGCGCUUCUCAAGGUGUUCUUGUAGGUCCUGCAAGUUCAAGUGAAUGAUACGUUCCAUUAUCUAGUAUCCUCCAUUUAAACAGUUUUCUCAUGUGUUUUUGAUAAUGUGAACAUUUUGUUAUAUCAUCGAAAGAGUUUGCUGAUUGUAAUUGUAGACUAGAAGAUAUUAUUGAACUAGAGAUCGUGUUAGAUCCUUUUUGUGAAUGACAGUGCAACUAUUUUAUGGUGGAA